AUGCCUUCCAGUAUCGCAGCGGCAGCGCCUGCUGUGGUCAGCUACGACUGGGGCACCUCGUCCGACCUCAAAGCGCUCUACACACAGACCUACACCAUCUUCACCUCCUUGCAGCGUAUCCACCAAGAAGCCCUUCUCACUGACCGAGCUGGUCGUGCAUCAACUUCCACAUCCGUCCUACCAUCGGCAGAGACGAUCCUAUACUACAACAGGAUAAGCGAGCACUAUGCGCGCGCCAUCCAAGACUACCUCGAGAGGAUACAGCUCGACGAUAACUUGGACGAGACGCAUUUCCAAAACUGGCGAGAUGCGCAGACCAUCCUUCGCCUCGCUGAAGUGCUCUACUACCCGAAAGACGGACGCGGUAUCAGUGUUGUUGGCGAGGAGCUUUUACAUUGGCUCAACUCGUUCGACGUGGCACCUACCACCGAGGAGGGUCAAGAGAUCGCCGAAGCAGCCGUGCCGCACGAGCACCCAUCCUACUGGGACUACGUUCUUCGCUGCGUUCUUCGUGGAUUCCACACCUCGGCAGCAUCCGUGCUCAAGUCGCUCGACUCGCACUCUUCUCCCGUCAUCCGUAGCGUAGCUCAGAAAGCUGCCAAGCUCCUCUCCACCCUGCCUCGCUCAACACACUUCUCCAUGGAGCAUGAAUUCGUAGCAGCUCAUCGUAGCUGGCUCGCCAGCGUACGCAAACUCAUCAGCGGUCUCGAGCAGCAGAUGGACGAGAUGGAGGCAGAAGCGGGGAACACCGAGGAGAUCGAAGACGAGAGGCUCGAGUACGAGGCUCAGUUCAGAUGUCUGCUCGAGCUCAUGGCCGGUGUCAAGGACCGCAUCUUUGAGGCUUGCGAAGACUGGCGAGAGGCGCUCGGUGCUUGGGGCACGCUGGUACACCCAACCCUCAAACGUGACGACGUUCCGACCACCGCCGCCAUCAUCCUCGAACAAUUUCCCAUCGACGGCACCAUUCCGAGCGAGCUUGUGCAGCAAUACCUCAUCAAAGGCGAAGUGCGUCAGGCGGUGCAAAAGGCGCAGGACGUCGACAUUUGGCUGGGAGCUCAUCUGGGCGAUCUUGCCGACAAGGUCGGUCUUCUCGAGGAUGACGAGCAGAGAGAAUCCAGCGACCUUCGCCAGGAUCUGUUGCUGAAGUACGCUCAGAGUCUGUUGGACGAGCAAGGCUUGUGGAGGAUCAGCAUCGACUAUCUGGCGGCGUGUGGGGUAGCGGGAAGGAAGAAGAUGUCGCACAUCGUCUUGUCUGUUCCAUUGGACGGGCCUGAUCCCAACGAGGGCUCGGAUGAACUUAACGACGCGAUGGAGGAGGACGCCGACGCAGGAGACGGUGGAGCAAGCAGAAAGGCGACGGGUGUGGCGAGGGCAGAGCAGGUUCUGCGUGCAUGCUCUGAUCAUGGUCUCGAGUUGGAAGCUCGCGUCGUGUGUCGUCGAAUGUCGCGAAAGCUGAUGGAGCAAGGCGAAUACGGUAUCGCCAUCGCCUACUGCGUCAGAGCAUCGGACACGGUUCUCAUCCGCACCAUCUGCGAUACCAUCUUGGGAGAGUACGUCACACGAGGCGCCGAGGCCUUCAACCGAAUUGUCGACUCUUUCCCAUCCUCGCUCGUCACUCCAGCGGAUGGUCUGGAUCUCGACGGUGACGACCUCGACGACGAACAAAACGUGGUGCUCGACAAGCACGCCCGAGGCUUCUUUUCGAAGCGACUUGCGUUCCUGGCACGCUUCCGCGACUUUCACCGGCUCUACGCCGAUGGACAGUGGGCUGCAGCUGCAGGCUUGCUCGUCGAGCUCGUCACCACCGAGGCUGCACCGGAGCGCUUCCUUGCGGUUCUGCUGAUGGAUGCGAUUCCGCUGCUCGAGGACGGUCAGGCCACCUGGUUCGACCGCUCCCAGACCUUUGAGUUGAUUCGCAUCGUCGAGCGCAUCACCAACGCUGUUUCCAUGCAUCCCGACAUGUCGGAACACUUUCUGGGCUACCUCAACCAGCUGCUGGGCGUCGAAUCGUCUCAGCAACAGUCAAAGACGUCAGCGGGACCGAAUAAGCAGCGAACGCAAUCGUCGAUCAAAGCAUCUGACAAGCUGGAUGCAGUCAGACUCUCACUUGCACGCAACCUGGCACGUGUUGGCGUGAUGCAGGUUGGUAUCGCUUGA